UCUAUUUCUCUUCUUCCCUUCAGAUCCACACACUCCUCCUCCUCCUCUCUUAUAUCUCCGGCGAUUAUUUUCCGAUCACCGACAAAAAAAAAACAUGGUUGUAGCAGACGCAAACGGUUCUUCAACCUCAUUCAACUUCCUAAUCUACGGUCGAACUGGAUGGAUCGGUGGUUUACUCGGUAAGCUCUGCGAAUCUCAAGGCAUCUCUUACACUUACGGCUCCGGUCGUCUCCAAGAUCGUCAAUCGAUCGUCGCCGACAUCGAAUCGGUGAAACCUAGCCACGUGUUCAACGCCGCUGGAGUCACCGGUCGUCCUAAUGUUGAUUGGUGCGAAUCUCACAAAGUCGAGACGAUUCGUACGAAUGUCGCCGGAACCCUAACUCUCGCCGAUAUUUGCAGAGAGAAGGGACUUGUUCUGAUCAAUUACGCUACGGGUUGUAUAUUUGAGUAUGAUUCGGGUCAUCCUCUCGGGUCGGGUAUUGGAUUCAAGGAAGAGGAUACUCCUAACUUCACUGGAUCUUUCUACUCUCAAACCAAAGCUAUGGUGGAGGAGCUGCUCAAGAACUAUGAAAAUGUAUGCACGCUAAGAGUGCGUAUGCCCAUCUCUUCGGAUUUAACAAACCCGAGAAACUUCAUCACGAAGAUUGCUCGGUAUGAGAAAGUUGUGGACAUCCCUAACUCGAUGACAAUCCUCGACGAGCUCCUCCCGAUAUCGAUCGAAAUGGCAAAGAGGAACUUGACCGGGAUCUACAAUUUCACUAAUCCAGGGGUUGUGAGUCACAACGAGAUCUUGGAGAUGUACAGAGACUACAUUGACCCGAGCUUUACUUGGAAGAACUUCACAUUGGAGGAACAAGCUAAAGUGAUUGUGGCUCCAAGGAGUAACAACGAGCUCGAUGCCACUAAGUUGAAGACUGAGUUCCCUGAGUUGAUGUCUAUCAAGGAAUCUCUGAUCAAGUUCGUGUUUGAGCCGAACAAGAAGACUGAAGUUAAAGCUUAAAUGCUGUAAAAGGGUUUUUGUAAGGUAAACAGUUCAAAACCCCCCAACA